AUGCCGAAGCGGGAGCGGCUGGCGGGGGAGCCCGCGGAGGCGGAGGGCAAGCAGCGGAAGCUCGACAGCAGCAGCAGCAGCAGCAGCAGCAGCAGCAGCAGCAGCAGCAGCAGCAGCGGGGAGUCGGUGCUGCAGCCGUACAUGGGGGAGCUGGAGGCCAUUCAGGAGGCGCUGCAGCAGCUGGAAGAGGAGUGCGCGCAGCAGCAAAUGGCAGUGCAGCGGGAGUUCGACUUGGCCAAAAAACCCCUUUUCGAAAAGCGGCAGCAAACCCUAGAAAAGGUUCCAGGGUUUUGGUUUGCUGCUUUGAAAAACCACCCGGCCUUUGCGCUGAUUGCUGCUGCUGACGCGCCGCUGCUGCAGCACUUGAAGGCCCUUUUUCUGGAGGACAACUUGGACGCAGCCGGCUCCUACAGAAUCAAAUUCGUUUUCGCGGAACCCGCUCGCGCCUUUUUCUCUCCUCUCGAACUAACCAAAGAAGUUCGAUUUGGAGUUUCUUUUCCCGAUGAUGAAGAAGUUGUCGAAGCCACGGAGAUCAAUUGGGUCAACAAAGAGAACAACCCCGUGGCGCUGGCCCGCGCGGCCCGCGCGCGGGCCAACGGGGCCCCGGGGGCCCCCGGGGGGCCCCCGGGGGCCCCCGGGGGGGCCCCCGAGGGGGGCCCCCAGGAAGAGCGGGGGGGCCCCCAGGGGGGCCCCCAGGAAGAGGGGGGGGCCCCCGACAGCGACGAGGAGGGGGGCCCCUGGUCCCUCUUCGAGUGGUUCAGCAAAGAGCCUUGGCCCGAGAAUAGGCCCGAUGUAGGAGAAGUGAUAAGAAGGGAAAUUUGGCUGUCUCCCGUGGCUUAUUACUUGGGCGAGGCCCUCAGCCCAGACCCCAGCAGCGAGGCCCUCGACGAGUCCGACCCCGAAAGCGAAAACUAA